AAAAGACCAAGACCAUUGUGAGAAACCAGUAAGAGUUAAUAAUUUACGAAGGUAGGAUAGGUAUUUACAUUGUGAAAUAGAUUUGAAAUUCUUUUCCUGCAGUUCGUUUAAAAACAACUAACAAUAAAAUGGAUAAAGGCAACGUGCAAAGUUAUAUGGAUUUUGUGCUUCCUUUGGUGUUGGCGAGUGGUAAAGAGUUAUUAACUGUAGAAGAUAUAAAUGUCGAAAUAAAAGAUGGAAAUGUGUGGGACAUAGUCACAGAAUACGACAGAAAAAUUGAGAAAUUGUUAAUACAGAAAUUAAAGAAAAAAUAUCCUGAUCAUAAGUUUAUUGGUGAAGAAGAAUCAGCUGAGAAAAAUUGCAUAUCAACACUUACAGCAUCGCCGACAUGGAUUAUCGACCCCAUAGAUGGCACAGCAAAUUUUGUAAAACGGAUGCCGCUGACUUGCAUAUCCGUAGGUUUGACCAUUGACAAAGAACAAGUGCUUGGCGUAGUUUAUAAUGCUUAUGCAAACGAGCUAUUCACCGCUGUCAAGGACCAAGGAGCGUAUUUAAAUGGAAAACGCCUUAAAACCAGCGGCCUCACAGAAAUCGACAAAUCUAUAUUUAAUUACGAAAUAUCCUUGGCCAUUAAGAAUACUAAAUUAAGAAAGCUGUAUAUGAGUAGAUUAAAUCAUUUAAUCGACAAAGUUUCUGGAAUUCGUUCAUACGGAUGUGCUGCUUUAGGUUUAUGUUACGUAGCUUGUGGCCGAGUAGACGCAUAUCAAUGCGACGGACUCUAUCCUUGGGAUGCUGCAGCAGGAACGCUUAUAGUUAGGGAAGCAGGAGGAUAUGUUACCGAUUCGUCAGGAAAAGAAUUUGAUUUGAUGCAGCCAAAUUUUCUCGCAGCAUCGUCAAAGGAACUCAGUGACCAGUUCAUGGCGAUUGAGAGGCAAGCUGAUGAAGAAGCUACGAACAAAAUAAAAAACCACUUUUUACCAGAGCAACCAAAACUGCCCACGGAAAAAAUAAAAUAAAUAUCGUUGACAUUUUUCUUUUCAAGAAACUAUUGUGUCACGGAAUACACGGAGACAAAUAUUUUGAUUUACUGGCAUUACUCUAAAGAUUUCAGUAAUCUUCAUCUCGUAUGUCUAAAUGCUAAAAUAUACAUUACAUUUUAUCUCCAGUUUUAGUUUACUGAAAUGACAUUAGUAAUAUUAUGAUAAUGUAUUACCAUUGUUAGUAAGAUAAGAAUUCGUAAUUAUUUAGCGUUUAUUACUUGCAAGUAUCUUACAUUUAUACGUCUUUAACAUUAAUGUAAUAUUUUGUAAUAUUAUAAAAAAUAGAGUAAGAAAUAUAUUAAUGUAAAUA